AUGGACUCGAGUAGUGUGCCAGGUGUUUUGCAGCAGCUGAUCGAUCUGCCUCCAACAGGGAUGGCAGAGAGUCAGCAGUUCCAAGUCCUUCGCACAAUGGAUCUGGAUAAGGUUCAUCUGCUAGCUUCGAUUCCUGUCACUUCAGAGAGCUCCAUUCAACCCCUCAACCUUUUACAUGUUCUGUUGCAAGAGAUACCCGGACCGUGGCCUGUGUUUGAGCUCAUCAAGUGCUUUACACGAGUCUACACAAACCUCCCCGAGAGCACAAAGACAGGCAAAGACCACGAUUCGUCUGCUUUGCUGCAACAAACGUCAGAACUUGUCAAGAAGUCGUACACUUCCUUUGCACAGUUCCUCAGCCAUGACGAUAACCCAGCCCUACGAGCAUCUAGCGGCGGCGAUGUCAUCACACACCGAGAACUUCAACAGUUUGUCAGCGACUUCCGCCUUCCUGUUGACACGCCUACGCAAAGACAAAAGCCUAUCGUCUCCAUUGCGCUCCCCAACGGCCCUCUUCUCGCAGCAACAUGCAUCGCCGUUGCGACUUACUACACAUUAUCACCUAUCAAUCCGGCCGCGGGCCCAGAGCAGUUCCGAACCGACAUCCUGCAGGCAGGAGCGGACUUUAUCUUGACGACAAAAGAAGAAUACUCCAAACUACAUCUCGAUGCUUCGUGGGUCGCCGAGAACAACAUUCAGGUCUUCAUACUGUCUUGGACUGGUGAUGAAGGUCUCGCGCUCAAAACCCUCGAUGGCGGAUCGGUCCCUCGUGGGAAGAUCGAACGAGUUCCUAACAAAGCUGACGACAUCGGUUUGAUCUUGUUCACAAGUGGGACUUCGGGUAACAAGAAGGUGGUGCCGUUGACUAUUCACUCCAUCAUCGCCGGUGUUGUCUUUGUGAUGGAGUCAUGGGGCCUCACUUCUGAUGACAUUUGUCUAAACAUGAUGCCCUUAUACCACGUGGGAGGACUAGUAAGGAACAUCUUCGCACCUAUCUUCUCUGGCGGAUCCACGGUCUGCUGUCCCUCGUUCGACGCCAACCUGUUCUGGGAUGUGACCGAGGGCAUUCAACCAACUUGGUACUAUGCUUCACCUACUAUGCAUUCCAUGAUUGUUUCAGAGGCAUCCGCACGUCCAGAAGCCCUGGCAAAGAGUCGCAUACGAUUAGCCUGUAACGCAGCUGGUGGCCUUCUGCCUUCGUUGGCAUAUCAGCUUCGAGAUACAUUCAACUGUGUUGUCCUACCCAGCUAUGGAAUGACAGAGUGCAUGCCCAUCUCUACUCCUCCAUUGGACUACCGUCUAGAUCGCGAAGGCACCUCGGGGAUCAGCACCGGGCCCGAACUGACCGUCCUCGACUCCUUCGAGAAUAAAGCUGCCAAUGGCACCGUCGGACGGAUCUGUGUGCGAGGUGAACCUGUCUUCCCCGGCUAUCUCAGACAAGACGGGACUUACGAUGAAACACCCUUCAACAAAGAUGGCUGGUUCGAUACCGGUGAUCUCGGCUACAUGGACGGAGACGGAUAUCUUUAUAUCACCGGCCGAAGCAAAGAGGUCAUCAACCGUGGCGGCGAGUUGAUCUCUCCAUUUGAAGUUGAGAAUGCCAUCAUGACAGCAUCAAGAUCCAGCGACUCGCCCAUCUACGGCAGGGUUUCUCAGACCCUAGCAUUUUCAGCAUGCCAUGAUGUUCUCCAGGAGGUUGUUGCAGUCGCUUUGGUAACGCCUCCCAAUGUCCCGCGCGUGGAUCUCAAGACCCUACAGAGCGCAUUGAAGCUUUCCCUCCAACAGGCUAAAUGGCCCGUGUUGAUCGCCUACAUGAACGACCUUCCCAAGAACAAUGGCAAGAUUCUGCGGAUCAAGCUAGGGCAGCGCUUGGGGCUUCCGUGUUUGACUGAUGAUACCCCAUAUAUGGGAAGACAUUGGGAUGCGACAUGUCCUCCUGCCGAUGCACCUCUGACAGUUGCUAUUCAGUGCGCUCCGUGCUCGGUCAACUACCUGGAGCUUUCAACCAAGAUCCAAGCCAUUGUCCCCGAUCAUGUCGAUGUCUUCUGUCUUGAGAGCUCCCAGGGCGGCACACCUGAUGCUGUGCUCACACCAAAGAAGACCGGAGAUUUUGUCAACUCUGAGCUGGCCAAUGACAUUCGACACCAACUGGGAUCUGUCAUCGAUAAUUACAUGGUCCCCAGCGAGAUCCACAUCUUGGACCAGCCAUUUCAGAGGAACAACUCCGGUGAAGUCAAUGUUGAAUGGCUCCAGAUGGAGCUUGAGCAGCUUCUGAGCUCCUCAUUGAAGCAGCUUGCAGCUUCUACAGAAGGAUUGGUUACCAAGGCAUUCGCCGAGAUUCUAUCAAUGCCACCUGCAGAUAUCCCACGUAAAGCCGAUUUCUUCAAUCUUGGAGGAGACUCGCUCCGGGCUGGACGCUUGCUAUCAGCGCUACGUGUUGAGUUCAACAUACAGAUCCCCAUCACAGUUGUAUUCAACGGCGGCACGGUUGUUUCUAUCGCGACUUGCAUCGAUAAAGUGCUGGAAAGCAAGCAACAUGAAGGUGAAGAGACGAGUAAUGUCGAAGGAUGUACCAAGACUUGCAGCUCUACCAACCCUUUCCUUAUGCUUCUACAGCUUGUUCCCAUGGUGGUGGUGUAUCCGCUCAGACGCGCCUUUCAAUGGACCGUGUUCUUUGUCGCCCUCGCUUACAGUCAGAAACUGCCCACGAACCGCUCUAUUCCAGGUCGCUUUCUGAACUUGACUGUCUCUCUCCUGAUCUCUCGAGUUGUCAUCCGUUUCGUCGCCCCAAUCGUCGGAAUACUCAUGAAGUGGUUGAUCAUCGGCCGCUAUCGAGAAGGUAUCUACCCAAUGUGGGGAGCAUACCAUACGAGAUGGUGGAUGGUGCAGAAGAUUGUCGCGAUCUGCGGCAAAGGCUUCUUCGAAACAAACGAAGCCACUGAGCGUGUCUACUGCAGACUCAUGGGAGCCAAGAUCGGGAAGAAUGUCAAGCUUGAAGGAACUUUGCUUGCAGAGUGGGAUCUCCUCGACAUCGGCGACGAUUCUAACCUUACAGGCUGCAUCUGUCGACCUUUCGCUGCUGAGGGAAAUACUUCCAUGUACCUCGGCCGUAUCACAAUCGGCAGAAACUGUGCCGUUGGCUUCUCCUCCAUCAUUGCACCGGGUACCAACAUGGCGCCUGAUACUUGCAUUGGCUUCAACUCCUCGAGCUGGGAGAUGCAGGAUGCCAGCGAGGAGUACAGAGACCAGCUUCCAAGCGCGAGAAAAAAGCCUCACUGGCUUCUCAAUGGCCUCUUCACUAUGCCUCUCAGGUUAGUUGCUAUGUUCGUGGGCGCCCUGCCCUGGAUGGCCGGUCUUGUCGGCAUGGUGAUGAAGAAGUCGACCAAGUCAGGCUCGCCGCUGAGAAGCAGUGUCAACUGGUUUGCCGAGCCGCAGCGAGUUGGCUGGCAUUACCUUGCUCUCGUCCUUGGAUGUCUCUUCGGUCCAUUCUUCCUCUUCGGAUUCGUCAUGAUCGUCAAGUGCAUCUUGGACCUCUUCUUUGGAAAGCUCCAAACGGAUAUGGGUACGGUGGCUACUUGGCGGGCAAGCCUGAUCAAGGCUCUCUAUCCUGAGAAAAGGCUCCAUGAUUUGACUUCCCUGUUUGGUCAGCACUACGAAGCUACAUCCGUUGCACUGAGAAUGCUGGGUGCCAAGGUCGGGCAACGUGUUUACUGGCCUGGUACCGGACCUAGUAUCGGAGAUUAUCAUCUCAUAGAUGUUGGUAGCGACGUCGUGUUUGGAUCGCGGUCUCACUUGGUGACUUCCGAUGGUCUUGGGUCUGAGAAGGUCGUAGUCAAAGACCGCACCAUGAUCGCUGAUCGUGUAUGCCUACUCCCAGGUGUCAAUGUCGGGGAGAAGGUUACAAUGGGUUCUGGUGCAUUGACCAAGAGGGGAGGCGAUUACCCCCAUGGUGGUACUUAUGUUGGCUCCAAGGGAGGCGAUGCACUCUGUUUGUCUACAGGCAGCAACACCGAGAAAGGCGGUCUCCGACAUCGCGCCCGGGAUGUGGGCUCCGACUCUGAUGAUACCCUCAACGACUCUCGGCAACCGUCAAGGGAUGGAGAGAAGGAGAAGCAAGAUCAGACAGAAUCUGGCAUGUUCUCUGGAAGCACGACGGAUGUAAGCAGCGACGAGAAAGAUUCGACACAGGAUCUUUCACCUUUCGGCCGUGCUUUCUACCUCAAAUUGGCCCCUUAUCACGUCCUUGGUCCUUUUGUCAUCUUCUGUUAUUCGGCCUUCCUCACAGUCUUUAGUGCUACCUACUGGGAUGCACCCAGCGUCGCUUCCAUCCAGAUUGUCAAUCUCAUGCUCAAGCAACGCUUUCUUAUUGAGCGUAGUCAAUGGGGCGACGUCAUUGCUCUGUUCUGCAUGAUGUUCAUCUGCGUUGCCGUCAUCACCACAAUCCAGUCCAUCCUCGCUCUGGCUUUCAUCAUAAUGUCAAAGUGGGCGUUAAUGGGACGUAGAAUGCCUGGAAACUACGACUGGGAUAAGUCACCCUACUGUCAGCGCUGGCAGAUCUUCCUUGCCGUCGAGCGCCUCAGGCGAAAGUGUUACAACGGCAAUGGCGUCCUCAACCUACUCACUGGCACAAGUUGGAUCGUGUACUACUUCAAGUUGAUGGGUGCAAAGAUUGGAAAGGACUGUGCCCUUUUCGCCAACGGUCAGCCAAGUCUCAUGUUCACUGAGCCUGAGCUAAUCACUCUUGGGGAUCGAGUUGUUGUUGAUGACGCGAGUGUUGUCGCACACAUCAACACUCGUGGAAAGUUUGACUUGAACAAGGUCGAGAUUGGCGACAGAUGUGUGCUUCGAACUGGAAGUAGGCUUUUGAGCGGUGCUCAGAUGAAGAAUGAUAGCUGUCUGCUGGAGCAUACGCUGAUCAUGGGAGGAGAUGUGGUGGAGGAGAAGUGGACUAUGCAAGGGUGGCCGGCAGAGCGGUUUACCGCCAAGAGAUUGUAA